CGAAGCUCGACACCAGAGAUUGACGGCCUCUUGUCAAGCCGCGAGAGUACAUCUCUCGAGAACGAUGAGGUCAGUAUCUUUGUGGGGAGUACAGUUUAUCGAUGCAUUGUUUAUAAGGCCAAAGUGAUUCGUACUUUCAAUGUUUGUGCUCUUUAAUCCGUGAUAAAAGCUCAGCGCAACACUCUCAAAUCCCACAAUAUCUCCUUCAGAAUCUCGGCAGAUAUCAUUGUUCAAUCAAAUAUUCAAAGAAAGGACCAAUGCCCUUUAGCAUCGCCAUCAUCGGUGCCGGUCCCAGCGGCCUCACCCUUGCUCGCCUCCUGCAAGUUGCUAACAUCGACGUAUCGAUCACGAUCUUCGAACGCGAUGCCUCGCCAAAGUCACGAUUCUACCAGGGCGGCACGCUAGAUUUACACAAUGGCACCGGCCUCGCUGCGCUCAAGAAAGCUGGGCUAUGGGAGCAAGCGCUCAAGUAUCUACGGUAUGAAGGCGAGGAACUCUCCGUUGCCGACAAAAACGCUACAGUGUUAUUCCACCAGGAUGAAAUGCCGGAAGUAGGGGUCGACUAUGCACGACCCGAGAUCGACCGUGAGGUGCUCAAGGAUUUGCUCCUGCACAGUGUCAAGCCGGAACUCUUGAGGUGGGACAAGACACUGCAAUCUAUCGACGACAGGACGGGGCUAUUGACGUUCAGAGAUGGCUCGACGGCAGGACCAUUUGAUUUAGUUGUCGGCUGCGAUGGUGCGUGGUCGAAGGUUCGGACUGUGCUGACGGGCCUGAGGCCGCGAUUUUCCGGCGUGUGUGGGUUCGAGUGCCAUAUCGAUGAGGUGAACGAGAGGUUUCCAGACGUUUCGAAAAUGGUCGGGCGCGGCAGUUACUUUGCGUACUCGGACCGCAAGAGCAUGACGGCGCAGAGGAUGGGCGAUGGGAGUGUGAAGGCUGCGGUGUGGGUCAUGAAGGAAGAAAGCUAUCCUGCUGAUACGAUGGCUGCGUAUGGCGGGGAUGAAGGAGUGCUGAAGAGCAAAAUUCUCGAGGAUUUCCAGGACUGGGCUCCCGAAAUGAGGAAAUGGAUUGAGGUUGGAGCAAGAUUCCGACCGUGGCCUCUUUAUGAAUUGCCUAUCGGCCAGUUCUGGGGGCAUAGAAAGGGCUUUUCUCUGGUUGGAGACGCCGCAAGCUUGAUGACGCCUUUCGCCGGCGAGGGAGUGAACAAGGCUAUGAAGGAUGCGCUGGAGGUGGCAGAGGCUAUUGAGAGUGCAUUGAAGGGUGGAGGGAAUGGCGAUGUGGAUGAGGCGGUGAGGAAGUAUGAGCAGGAGAUGUUCCCCCGUGCGACAAAGUAUCAGAAGCGAACGAUGCAGAACAAGCAGGCCAUGUUCAGGGAGAAUGGAGCUGUAGAUUUUAUGGUCACUAUGGUCGAUGUGGUGGCUCAAGAACUCGGUUAUGAUCUGAACAGGGGCUGGUUGGCAUGGGUACCGUUGAGGACGGCGAUGUGGUGCUGGGCAAGAUUCUGGCAGGUGCUGGGCCAGGGGAGGACGAUGGCCAGACGGAUACUUUGGCGGUGACACGGCUGAUUUGAUCGAUCAAAGAAUUGUUUUCUGGUUAAAGGAGCGUAGAGCUACCGGUCGGUAGGUGUUCAUGGUAGGGUGUUCAUUGAGAUGGGUGACCCGGGCGGGGUCACCGUGGGCGUUCGUUCUCUUCGAUCAUCAUAAUAGCGAAGCUCCACGGAGGUAUACAACUGUACUUCAAUCACACCGAUUCCAAGGUUG